AAAGCGAGGAACCUGAGUGGCGCGAGGACGCGCGCGCGCGGUUCUCCAUCAGCACAAGCGGCACGGAAACCAACGAAACCCGCAGCAGGGCGAGUCAAACACUGUUUAUCUGGGCUUUAAAGGAAAUUUGAGCCCAACCAGAAUCAGGCUGGUGAAUCUGCCUGCCAGCUUUCAAGCAUGGAGGCCAGUGGCAGUGGUUGGCCAACUGAACCUAUGACCUCUUGCUUCUUUGGCAACAUCACCACUGAGAACUCCAGCGUGGGUCGGAUAUAUGAGGUGGCGGUGCAGUCAGCAAAUGGCUCUGCAAAACGCAGUCCUCAGUUCGUUGGGGUGGAGCUGCUACAAUCUUUCAAACUCCUUAUCAUUCCUUGCUAUACACUGGUGGUACUAGUGGGAGUUUUUGGGAACUAUUUACUGCUCUAUGUCAUUUGUCUGACCAGGAAGAUGCACAAUGUGACUAAUUUCUUCAUCGGGAACCUGGCCUUCUCGGACAUGCUGAUGUGUGCCACCUGUGUGCCAUUCACCUUGGCGUACGCCUUUAACCCACAAGGUUGGGUGUUUGGAAAAUUCAUGUGCUAUCUGGUGUUCCUCAUUCAGCCAGUGACUGUGUACGUGUCGGUGUUCACAUUAACAGCAAUUGGUGUGGACAGAUACUACGCUACUGUACACCCUCUGAAGAAACGCAUCUCAGUCCUGGCCUGUGCUUACCUACUUUCUGGCAUCUGGAUCCUUUCCUGUGGCCUGGUGGCUCCAGCUGUGGCCCACACUUACCAUGUAGAGUUCAGAGAUGAAGGCUUCACCAUUUGUGAGGAGUUCUGGAUGGGCCAGGAGCGCGAGCGCCUGGCCUAUGCUUACAGCACACUCUUCAUCACCUACGUCCUCCCACUAUCAGCACUUUGCAUCUCAUACCUGCGCAUAUCUGUCAAGCUCCGCAACUGCGUGGUGCCCGGACACCACACGCAGAGUCAGGCAGAGGCACAGCGGGCGCGAAAACGCAAAACCUUCCGUCUAGUGACGCUGGUGGUGGCAGCGUUUGCAGUCUGCUGGUUGCCCAUUAGUGUCUUCAAUGUCCUCCGGGACAUCGAUAUAGACUUGAUUGACAAGCGCUAUUUUCUGCUCAUCCAGCUGCUGUGCCACCUGUGUGCCAUGAGCUCGUCUUGCUGCAACCCCUUUUUGUAUGCGUGGCUGCACGAUCGCUUCCGAGCAGAACUGCGAAAGAUGUUCACAUGCCACAGACGCAUUGGCAUUGGGAUACCUGCCAACAACUGUACCACUGCCAGCGUGGUGCUCUGACAAACAAUGAAACCGAUGAAACCAACCCGAGGGACUUAAUGCCACCAGCAAGAAAAGCUGGAGUGGUUACAGGCAAGGUUUGGGCAGUGUUUUGAGACACAAGACAUGUCUGUUGGUAACGUGGCCAAAAGUGUAUUUCUACCAGAUUUUCCACACCCAAACCUUUCUAUUAAUGCUACUGUGAACCUUGCAAGCUCACAAUCAAAACUUAUCACCCUCUGAUAACAAAUUCUACCUUGAAACUGUUCCAAGACUUGGUAUGCUGGAAGAGAAUUUUAAAAAUAUUUGUAAUCAUUAGAGAAAAUCAUGGGAAAGCGUGCCUUUUAGGAAGUUCGGAGUCAAAGAUGUAGAAUGAAUUCUGAGUCUGCCUUAACACUGUGUUGAAUGUAAUGAAGACAUUAGGCGUGUUACAAUAUACUCUGGCCACGGUUCAAUUUGAUUCAUGAUACUGGCGUCACGAUUCAAUUCGAUCUCCGAAUAUUUUGAACAAAAUAAGGAGAUAAGGAGAAAACUCCUUUUAUUAUUAUUAUUAUUUUUGAAGCUUAAACCAUGGAAAACAAAGUCUGUAUAAAACUAAACAAAUCCGAAAAUUGCAAUAAACAGAGGUUCUAUAUUGUAAACAAAGUGUUGGAAUAUUGUAAACAAAAGACUACAGGUUCAACAUGUCUUAAAAAAUAAAUAAACAAAUGUAUAUAUUCUCCCAAAAACUUGAAUAAUAAAUAUAAAUAAAGUCUGUGACCUGAGGAAAAGGAUCGAUUGAAACAUAAUGAGCUCCUUAGCAGUGCAGUGCAUGAGGCAUCAUUUUAACUAGAAAUAGAGCUCCAAGUUGGCUAAAAUGCCGGAUUUCUGCCGCCUCUUUCUCGGGCACUGUAGCUCGCAGCGGCGUGGGGUUGGUGUCAAUUUAAAGCUGCCAAAGAGCUCUUUUUAAUGAUUAUAAUGUGGUUUUGUAACCGUAUAACCUAUUGUGAUCUGGAGCUAUCAUUCUACAUGCUCUACAUACCUUGUGCAGAUUUGGAUCCCUGGUGUUCCAACAGUACAUUUGCAAUAGAUGCAUGCAUAAUCAAUAGAAUGCUGAUUUCCAGGAUGUAAAUCGUACAUUUCUACGACGCACAUCAUCGCAUUUUUGCAUUGCAUCACACUCAUUCAACUUCUAGUAGACAUUCAUUUUCUUGAUGCCUAAACUGUGGAAUAGUGUUCCAAAGAACAUUAGGCGCAUCAGUUAAAUAAAUGUUUUUUGUUUGUUAGUCUUGGAACUUAUUUGGUUAAAUGUUAAUGAUUUGUAGUAAUUCUCACUUAUUUACAUAAUAUGAAUCAUUAUUAUUAUAAUUAUUGUUAUAAAUAAUUAUUAUGCUUGAUCUGUCUAGAUGUGGCAAAUAAGGCCUUUUCAUUUUCAUCCAAAACAUCACUGCUCACUUGUAUAUGAAGACUGAGACAUGACAUUUAUUUACUAUAUUUAUUUAUUUGACCAUGUGACCUGGGUUCAACUUGGGUUAUGAAUGAAUGAUGCUUAUAAUACUAAGGUCAUGACCUGAUUUUCAUAGAGAUUACAGACAAUGGUAUAUCUCUACUGAAUAUUCUACAGAGCUGAAAACAAUCACAAAGUAGCUUUUUGUUUGUUUUGAAUGCUGUAGGACGUGAAUGGCUAUAUCAAUAAGGUACCAGUCAGAUACGUCUUGUGAUCUCUGUAUUUAAUUCCGACAUUAAAGUGCUGUACAAAUAGAUGUGAAGUGCAAUGUGGCAUUAAUAAACAAUGCGCAGAUAUAUACUGUACUUUCUUGAAUGUCUGUUAAUGUCAAUGCUGCGUUGUCAGAAAACUUCAGAAAAGAGCAGUUGUAUGACUGCAAUUUCAUAACAGAACAUCCUGGGGAUAAAAUGUAA